CGUGGUGCAUUGCCGCGCCGUGAUUGGUUGACUUGUUGAUCUGAUCUUUGACCUGCACUUCCGCCGGCGAGCCCACUCCAGUUGGAAACUUCUGAUCGUGACCAGGAAAUUCUCUCCGGUUUCACCUCAACCUCCGACCUCCGACCCCACCAUGCAGAACCUGCUCCUCCUAUUGGUGGUCCUGACCACGCUGACCUUCGCCAUCCCGAAGCCCACGGACGGUAAGAAGGACCGCGUGGUGGACAAGCCGCUGAGCGAGCAGGAUCACUAUGGCGACGAACACAACUCCGACUACGAUCAUGACGCCUUCCUCGGGGAGGACGCGCACACAUUCGACCAGCUGGACCCGGAGGAGAGCAAGAAGAGACUCGGGGAAAUGGUGGAUAAGAUCGACAAGGACAAGGACGGUUUCGUGACUCAGCAGGAGCUGAAAGAGUGGAUCCAGUACACACAGAAGAAGUACAUCCUGGAGGACGUGGAGAGACAGUGGGACAGCCACGACCUCAACAGGGACAAGCGCAUCCACUGGGACGAGUACAAGAACACCACCUACGGAUUCAUGUCACCAGAAGAGGAGCUGGAGGAUGAUGAGGAUGACGGCUACAACAUUAAGGACAUGGUGAAGCGUGACCUUCGGCGCUGGGAGACGGCAGACAGCGACGGGGACAAACACCUGACCAAGGAGGAGUUCCAGUCCUUCCUCCACCCCGAGGACGUGGAACACAUGAAGGACAUCGUCGUACAGGAGACGCUGGAGGACAUUGACAAGGACGGGGACGGGUCCAUCUCUCUGGAGGAGUACAUCGGUGACAUGUGGACGGGUGAUGACAAGGAGGAGCCUGAUUGGGUGAAGUCUGAGCGCGAGCAGUUCGGCACCUUCCGCGACAAGAACGGCGACGGUAAAAUGGACAAGGACGAGGUCCGGGACUGGAUCAUUCCUCCCGACUACGACCACGCAGACGCCGAGUCCAAACAUCUCCUGUUCGAGUCUGAUGCAGACAAGGUGGGUAGAGGAUCUUUCCUCCUAAUAAACAGUUACCCAAGUAACUGGAUUUGA